AUGGCUAAGACAAGGAAAAGAUCAGAGAAGGAGAAAUCCUCCAAGAAGUCAAACAGCAGCAUGAAUCCAGGUAUAAAAGCUCCACGUUUAAGUUGCUAUCCUCGCUUCAGUGAAGUAAAAUUUAUAGUUUCAGUAAUUUUAAGGCAGUGAAUGUCUCACUCUUGCAAAUAGCCAAGCGAGAUAAGAAAGCAGAGACGUAAUGGGGGCCUAACUACUAGGUUACGCUUUAUAAACAUGACAGUCGCAGUUUUAAACCGAGAAAUCUUCGGCGAUCAUUUUUAACUUUUAAGCUUAAUUUCCUAAUUGUCAUGAAAAUUUGUAGACCGUCCAAAACCAGCAGGAGGAUCGAACAUGCGAGACAAGGCAACAAUAAACAGACUGAAGAUGUACAAAUCAGGGGGAAAGGCAAUAAGGUGUGAUAAUUAA